CGCGAUAUUUACGCGCAAUUUACACGAGGAUGAGUAUCGGUAUCGUAUCGGCGAUACUCGUCGUUGCUCUUAUGUUUGUGCUCACCGUAGAUAGUGUCGCGGAUCUAGGAUACGCGCGACUAAGUAACGAUGGAAAUCUGUUUGCGACUUCGAUCCUCAAAGAAUCUUCAGGAGAUGAUCUCGUCUCGAACGACAUUCAUGAUUGGAUCUUACCCAUGGAAGAAAAGAAUGAAGAGAACUGUUCUGAGCGUUCAAUUAAGGAAUUUCCAGAAGUGUUCACAUAUGAGCAGCAUCGUCAGGGUAUAAUAAUACUCCACAUACUCUUCGGUUUCUAUUGCUUUGUCCUGACAGCUUUCGUCUGCAACGAUUACCUGUUACCUGCGCUCGAUAUCAUAUGCACGCGGCUGAAUAUCAGCACAGACGUUGCCGGGGCAACUUUUCUUGCUACGGCGAGUUGCUUCCCCGAGCUGUUUGUUAACGUCGUCGGCACUUUCCUGACCGAAUCCGAUCUCGGUGUCGGUACGGUAAUGGGUGGCGCGGUCUUCAACACCUUUGCGACACCUGCGUGCGGCGCGUUAUCGGCAAUGCACGCAAUACCAUUAGAAUGGCGAAUAUUAACUCGAGAUUGUGUAAUUUACCUAAUAUCCGUCGUUGUUUUGGUGAUCGUAAUGUGGGACGGAAUAAUCAAGUUAUAUGAAGCAAUCAUCCUUAUGGUGCUAUUCAUCGGUUAUUUAAUAAUAUUAUUUUGUAGCAAGUGUAUUGUGCGUUGGUAUAAUAAGUUUGCACAUCUGUAUACUUGUAAAACUCGCAGUACCAACCUUACUGAAGAAGAAACUCCUAAAAGCAAUGGAGAAUCAAUGCCCGAUGGUCUUUAUAAGCCAUAUUUCCAUGGUGAACUUAAGAUGGAAUACAGAAAAAGCAUAGCGAGCCGAAAGCCUUCUAAUGAUAAUGCCGUAGAAGCGCAGAAUCACAUAGAAAAAAUAGAAGAUUAUGUGGAACCCGAUACUCCAUUUGUAUGGCCGACUGGCGGUAAACUAGCCAAAAUCUGGUUCUGCUUUGUUUGGCCAUUAAAAUUAAUAUUGUUCAUUACCAUACCAGACAGCAGAUAUAAACGAUGGAAAAACUGGUAUCUGUUAACAUUCAUUAUGUGCGUCAUAUGGAUCGCAGUAUCAUCUUACUUGACGUCAUGGAUGACAACUGUCAUUGGCAACACUAUCGGGAUUCCGGAUUCCGUGAUGGGUAUCACGUUCCAAGCCGCUGGUGGCAAUAUGCCGGAACUUGUCUCGAUUGUGAUACUUUCAAGACAAGGUAAUGGAGACAUGGCUAUGAGCAAUACAUUAGGUGCGAAUACGCUCGAUAUUCUGCUUUGCCUUGGUCUGCCAUGGAUGAUUAAAAUCCUUAUGGAUCAGAAGGACAUUUCGAUUGUCUCAGGUGCCUUACGUUUUAGCGUUCUCUCAAUCAUUGUAUGCGUAAUCAUUUUUUAUGCAGUCAUUGUACUCUACAAGUAUCACUUGAACAAAAAAGUAGGAAUUAUUUGUCUGAUAUUAUACACGAUAUUCUUAAUUUUUGCAUUAUUAUUCGAAUUAAACGUUUUCUUUCCGGUGAACUUACCUAUGUGUCCUCCUUAAAUUUUGCGAUUUUAUACGAUGGUUACUACUAUUUAUUUAAUGUCUGAUUUUUUAACAUAAGGUAGAUAGGCUUAAACAAAAUUUGCUCUCGUUAACUUUUAAGGAUGUACUCAAAAGACCAACGCAAUAAUAGAACAGUUCCUACAGAUAUUAAACUACUUCAAACGGAAAUACUUUUUUCUUCAUUGUUAUUAUUUAUAAAUAUUACCUACAAUUUUUGCAGAAUUGCGAAGUGCUAUCAUCCAAAUAUUUUUUCCGUUUUUUUUUUGUUUUAUUUACAUUCUGUUUCUACGAAAAAGUGAAAAAUCUUUUGAUAUCAAACUACUAUCCGUGUGGAAAUUCAUCUAGGCAUGCCCUAUUUAAUAGUGGCCCCAUACGGGCGUUACUUAGGCAUCCAAAAUAAAGGCUUUUUGGACUGAAACCUAUUCAGGGCCUAUUUAGGAUAUUUGAACUUAGGCUUGUCUGAAUUGGGCCUGGUUUAAAUUUACAACUUUUUCCAAGACACUUAUAGUUAGGUUUGCCCGGUUACAGCCCGUAUAGGACCUAGUUUGAAUUAGAUGUUUGCUCCAAAACGGUUAUAUUUAGGUUUGCCUAGUUAUAGCUUUUUUUCUCAAUUCUUAUAUUUUAAUUAUUUUAAUAUAUUAAUUGUAUUAGACUUAAAUAUUUUAAAGUAACAUACCGUUUUCCAUGUCUGAUAGACUGAAGUCAUUAGCUAAUACAUUAUUUAUAAAAUCUAUUAUUUUAUUGAGUUUGUUGUCUUCUAUGUUUGGCUUUUAAAUAGAUCGUAAAGAAAAACAAAAGUUUUAAAUAGAAUAUUAAUUGUAAAUAACCGAUAUCAGACUUGUAAUAUAUUUUGUAAGAUUUUAAAAAAAUACCAUUUCUGUAUUACAAAUACUGAUAUCUAUUUUGAUUGAUUAAACGAUACGAUUAUAUGUAUAAUACAUAAUGCAUAAAAUAUAAUAAAUAAUUGAUAUAUAUUAAAAUUGUUGUUUUUAUUUAUUUAUUAAAUAUAAUAAAUUGGGCAAUGAUAUAUCCUGUAAUUUUGGCCCAAUUUAUUUUACAUAUAUAAGCCCAACUUAAAUAUAAUUAACCAUCUAAUUAAUCAUUUGAACGCUUCAAAGUAUUAGUGCUAAAUAGAUUGCAAUUUCCAUCAAAUUAUUAAG